AUGGCGGGGAGGAACCACCGGCUGCUGAAGCAGACCUAUCGGUUCUUCGCCUCCGCGGGGGGCGAGGCCGACUGUCCCGCCGCCGCCGCCCUCGCCGCAUCCCCCAUCUCCGCCGCCGUCGGCGGGGACGAGUUCGACGAGUACGACGUCUGGGGAUCCGCAGCGGCCGGCGACGAUGGGGGAGAGGGCGCCGCCCAUCAGAAGGCCGCGGUGGCGCCGAGGAAGCAAUCGGGCAGGGGCGGAGGGGAUCGCCACGCAGCGGCGAUGGCGGCGGCGUCGCUGCCGGUAAACAUACCUGAUUGGUCGAAGAUCCUGCGCGAGGAGGUGGCCACGGCGCAGAAGGGCGGCGGCGUGGAAUCCUGGGACUUGGGGGACGGCGAGGACUGCGCGCGGGAGCCGGUGGUGCCGCCGCACGAGUACCUCUGGAAGAAGCGCGGGGGGGCCGCGUCCUUCUCCGUGCACGAGGGCGUGGGCAGGACGCUCAAGGGCCGCGACCUCAGCCGCGUCCGCAACGCCGUCUGGCAGCAGACUGGCUUCCAGGACUGA